AUGAAAUUCUCUAUCGCCGCACUCGCCCUAGUUGCCUCUGCUCUUGCUCAGGACUACAGUGGCUACAACCACUACGAUGGUGACAACUCUGACGACCUGUACUCUACCCAGUACGUGGACGAGUCCAACUACCAGUGGCCCGACUCAGACUACGUGUACCAGAUGAACGCUCAGCGAGACUCUGACCACCGAAAUCUGGCCAUGCAGACCGACGGACGGCACCUGUACUUUGGAAACAGCAACCGGGACAUCAACGGCACACCUCUCAAGACUGUCAACGUCUUUGUCGACAUUCAGGGUGAUAUUAACAUUGUCCACAACCACAACUCUACUGGCCGACGGCAGAACUACGUUGGUGUUGACGACGGUCGACUGGCACUGUCUGACCGACGAUCCAAUGCCAUUGGCUACCAGCGAUUCAACAACAACAACCGAGUCGCCUGGCAGCAUGACAACGGCAAGCAACAGUUCCUGGCCUGUCCCGUUGACUCUUACGGAAAUGCUUACGACAUUUCGUACGAUCAGCGAUCCAGCGACCACACUUACCAGGUGUUCACCGGUGCUUCCCCUUGUGCCAACCCCAUUUCUGUUAGCCUGAACGGUGACCGACUUAACGGCCGAGCCCAGUACCAGAACUCUCGUCUUCGUGUCCACGGUGAUCAGUGGAACAACCAGCGGGUUGUCAACAACAACGGUCGACUGAUGAUCUCCAAUGACCAGCGAAACGACCCCUUCCUGGCCCAGCUCUCCUACCGGGGUCAGAUGGUCGACCCCAACACCGGUCGAUUCGUCCAGCUCGGAAACCAGGCCUCCAUGCAGUGGACUGACCGAAACCAGGUCGGCCACGGUCUCACUGGCUUCAACGUUAACCACCAGUCUGACAACCGACUGACUUACGAGAACCAGGGCUUCCUUGCUUGUCAGCUCGAUGAUGGCCACUGGGAGCUCCGGCCCGUGGCUGUUGAGGCUGCUGCUGCCGCUUGCUCCAACGCCCGAUACGUCCAGAUCUCCAUGGAUCCUGUCAACUAA